AUGGCGGCUAAGUACGGCCUAAUGCUACAUCAGAUGGACGUCAAGACAGCGUUUCUUAACGGCUCCCUCAACGAAGACAUCUACAUGGACCAGCCGGACGGAUACCUGGAUGCAACACAGCCGGACUAUGUGUGCAAGCUAAAGAGAUCACUCUACGGCUUGAAGCAAUCGCCUCGCAUGUGGAACCAAACAAUCGAUGGGUUCAUGAUCAAGAUGGGAUUCAAGAAGUGCGAAUCGAACCACUGCAUCUACAUCAAGCGAGACGACCAAGACAUGAUUCUCGUGGUGCUCUACGUCGAUGAUCUCAUCCUGGCCAGCAGCAACAACGAACUCCUCAAGUCAACCAAGAUGGCGCUGAGCAAACGCUUCGAAAUGACGGAUCUCGGUGAGCUCGAUUACUUUCUCGGCAUGGAGAUCAAGAACGACCGUAAGACGGGAAUGGUGACUGUACAACAAACCAAGUUUCUCAAGUCCGUGUUAACCAAGUUCGGAAUGGAUAACAGCAAGCCAGUGAAGACGCCUCAAGAUCCCGGCCUGAAGCUAACCAAGAACAUGUGUGAACAAGAAUGCAAGCACGAAGACACCAUGUGCAACGUGCCAUAUCGAAGUGCUGUCGGAGGCAUCAUGUAUCUCAUGGUCGCCACACGUCCGGAUCUAGCUGCUGCAGUGGGAUCAUUAUCCCAGUUCUCGUCCGACCCAUGCCCGACUCACUGGCAAGCUUUGAAGCGUGUGCUGAGAUACCUGCAAGCAACGCCCAAUCAUGGUCUUGAGUUUACACGUGAAGAAGGAAGCCGUAUCUGCGGGUACACCGACGCAGACUGGGCCGGCGACAUUGAGUCAAGACGAAGUACAAGCGGCUAUGUGUUCAUGAUGAGCGGAGGAUGCAUCAGCUGGAAAAGCCAGAAACAACGGACGGUCGCGCUAUCUUCAACAGAAGCAGAAUACAUGGCGCUUUCCGAAGCAACCAAAGAAGCAGUAUGGCUCAAAGUGCUUUUGGGGGAACUUGGUGAGAUGACAAGCGACGAAGCGAUCAAGAUGUAUGAAGACUGA